AAGCCAGCAGCUGUCAACCUCCCUUCGUUGCUACCUCUCCGUCUUCAAUAAAAAAACAGGGGAGAACAAAGAAAAAAACGAAAAAAUGGCCGGCGAAGAGGCCGCGGACGAUACAGCAGAUUACUUUCGCAAGAAAAUCUCCCACUCAAACAUGAGAGUUGCUCAAACGAAGGAGAUAUUGUCGAAACAAGCGAUCCAAACCAAAGAAAUUUUGUCGAAGCAAGCCGAAAAGAUCGCAAAGCAGGCCGAAGAGCAUGAGCGCUUCAUUAAUAAGGUGACCCAUCUGUUGAGUGUUCUUGGAUUCGGUGCUUUUUGCUUCCUAUUGGGAUCCAGACCACAUGACAUUCCAUAUGUAUAUUGUUUGUUCUAUGUAACCUUUGUUCCUCUCCGAUGGAUAUACUAUCGAUACAAGAAAUGGCAUUACUAUCUUCUGGACUUUUGCUACUAUGCUAAUACAAUUUUCUUGGUUAUGCUUCUAUUAUAUCCAAGAAACGAAAAGCUUUUCAUGGUUUGCUUCUCAUUCGCAGAAGGACCUUUGGCGUGGGCAUUGAUUGUUUGGCGUUGUAGCCUGGUAUUUAGUUCCGUCGACAAGAUUGUGUCUGUUCUGAUACAUCUUUUACCUGGGAUAGUUUUCUUCACCAUUCGUUGGUGGGACCCGACGAUGUUUGCAGCCGUGCACCCGGAGGGAAAUGCAGUGCAUCACAGAGCUUCAUGGCCUUAUGUAACAGAGAAGUCCCACCUGUGGAUGUGGCUGUUUAUCAUCCCUUUGGCUGCUUACACCCUCUGGCAGCUUCUUUACUUUCUCAUUGUUAAUGUGUUGCGUCGACAGAGACUGUUGAGGGAUCCUGAAGUAAUGACUUCGUACAGGGAACUCUCCAAGAAAGCAAAGAAAGCGAAUAAUGUGUGGUGGCGUUUGAGCGGGUUGCUCGGGGACCAGAACCGAAUGUUCAUGUAUAUAUUGCUCCAAGCAGCUUUCACCAUUGCGACCAUGGCCCUCACUGUCCCCAUCUUCCUGUCGUAUGAGAUGCACGUUACAUUCCAAAUACUCAAGGUCUCCGCCUCCAUUUGGAACGGUGGAAGCUUCCUUUUAGAAGUGAUGCCAAGGCAGGUGGUGCUCAAGGAGGGUAAGAAAUUGGAGACGAAACCCAUACAGCAGCAGCAGCAGCCAGACCAGGCUGAUGUCAAAUAACCUGAACCAUCGUUGUGACCGGUCAAUGACGGUGAUGCCCAUUGCCCGAUAACAUUCUGCUUGAGCCGCUGAAAUACCGUAUGUUUUAUGCUAAUUUUCUAUGUAGGACGACCACUUUGAAUGAUGUUUCUCCUUCACUUUUUUUAUUAUUCGCAAGUAGUGUUAAUGGCUAAGUCAUUGAACGCUCGAACGUUCAAUUUCUAUGCACGCAUCACACAUUUAACA